UACCGGGAGCCAGCGGCACCGCAGCACCGGGCCCGUUGCGGCCCCCGCAGCCACCGCCCCCAGCCCGGCCCCGGGCAGCGCUGAGCACCGGGCCCGGCCCCGGGAUGGGGACCGGAGGCCCCGGUAGCGGUUGGCCCCUGGCCGGGACCGUGCUGGUGGCCCUGGCCACCUCGCUGGUGGCGGGGGGCGAGGACUGCCUGUGGUACGUGGACAGGAACGGGUCCUGGCACCCCGGCUUCGACUGUGAGUUCUUCACCUUCUGCUGCGGCACCUGCCACCAGCGGUACUGCUGCCGGGACCCCCUGCGCCUCCUCACCGAGCGCCAGCAGCGCCACUGCCUCGCCUUCAGCCCCAAGACCAUUGCGGGCAUCGCCUCGGCCGUUGUCCUCUUCAUUGCCAUCGUCACCACCAUCGUCUGCUGCUUCAUGUGCUCCUGCUGCUACCUCUACCAGCGCCGGCAGCACCCCCGCACCCCCCUGCAAGGCCCAGAGAUCCCGCUCACCAGCUACCCCCCUGCCCCCCCUCCGGCCCCAUUCCCCAUGGACCCCAAAGACGGCCCCGCGCCCCCCCCGCCCGGCUUCACCCCCGUCCCUGUGUACCCCCCGCCUGGCCCUGCUGCUCAGUACCCACUGUACCCCUCCGGACCCCCCAUCUACAACCCCACAGCUCCUCCGCCGUACGCUCCGCCACAGCCCACCUACCCCGGAGCCUGAGCACCCCCAGCACCGCCCCACACAUCAGUGGGCCGGGGACCCUCAACCCCUCCAUCCCCCGCACCCCCCCGGCAGGAUCGGGCCCUUCCCGGCGGUGGCGGGGGUGACGCGGUGCCACCAGCACAGGGUGGCUCUUGUCCCGCACACUGAGCCCUUUGUGGGUGUCUCCGCCCCGGGUGCACCCAUGGAGGGGGGGGCAGCACCCGCGGGGGGGCUGGGGGAGGAUCUGAGCCUCGCUGCACCCCUGCACGCCCGCCCCCCGCCCCGGCGUGUCCCCCUCUCCGGGCUGACAUUAAACUUGUGCCCCACGGAC